GGCAUCACUUGUUCGCAGUGCAUCUCAAUCUGCCACUACGCUCUACUUCGGCGAUGAGGCCGCCGGACAUGUAUGACCCUGGCGGCAGCUCUUCGUCGUCCCGGCCGCAUGGCAAGCAUGAGCUGCAGCCGGAGGUGGUUCUCUAUACUUCGUCGGCCUCAGUGUUGCGCCGGAGAGGACGCACCUCCGCCGACCGCUACGCCUUGCGCGCCCUGCUGCGGGGGUACGGCCUGACCAUGGACGAGCGCGACGUGUCAACGAGCAAGGCGCACCGCAGCGAGCUCAAGUCGUUGCUCGCGGCUCGGGGCUGCGCCUUCUCCCUCCCGCAGCUCCUCGUCGGCGGCCGGUUCGUAGGCGGCCCUGACGAUGUUAGGCAGCUGCACCAGGCCGGCGGGCUGCGGCACCUCCUCGACGCCGCCCCAAGGCCGUGCCGCGCCUUCGUGUGCCAAGCCUGUAAGAGGGUCGGCUCCGAGCCCUGCCCAGAGUGCAGCGAAUCCCGGAACAAGAUGCUGGAUCGUGGCAUUGUUGAGGAGGAGGAGGAGAAGGAGAGGGCCGUCCUUUUUUAUCCAACCCAAGUGACCAAUGCCAACCGCGGGUGCUUGGCUCGUGGGCGCAUGCCUGGCCAUCUCCUGCUUUCUGCUUGGUUGCUGCCCAACCGCCAUGUCGGCCUUGCUGACGGGCGCCGUAGUCCCUAUGCCGGCGUGCGCAUUCCCCUCCGGCGAGGCCAACUAGUGGCACCACCUCACUAGUCGUCGGCUUCAGCAUACCAUCCAUCUGCUGGCAAGCCUUGGAGGCUUGGAGCUUCAUGGUUUGAUUGGCGUGUGUGGCAGCGUGUUCGCUCGUCCUGGCAGCUGUACAUCUGCGUGUGCGAGCCAUGGAGUACAUGUCUCGAGACCUCAAAGCUAGGCUAUUAUCUGAGUAUGAACCAUGUGUUGAGACCGCACUUCAACAAAACUAGGUAUGUUUGCUAUAUUUAAGUCAUAUAGUGUAUUUGUAAGGACUUUAAUGAAUAUAACUAAAAUUUGAAACACAAAUACAUAAAAAUGUCGGGAGCGAUAGGUUGAAAUCACAUUUGUGCACCCACAAAAAAAUUACGUUUGUGUUCUUGAGUCUAUUUGUAGCUCUUAUACAAGAAAAGAAGAGGAAUUCCAAAUAUCAUGGUCACGAGA